AUGACAUCAGAGUCUCAGGUAGAACAAUCUACCCAUAUUUCUGUCGAAUUAUUAGAAAAUUUAGUUAUGAAUGAUAAUUUAGAAACUGAUGUCUCGAGUGAUAGUAAAACCGAAGAGUUGCCAAAACAAACUGACACUCCUGGAUUCAACCAGUUAGGAAUUAAUGACAAUAUUUCUUCUGAGCAGGGGGCGGAAAUUAGCAGUGCUCAGGCUAUGUCCAUACAGGAUAUGCUAACAGCAUUAUUUGAAAAGUUUACUAUUAAAGAGAAGGAGCGUCAAAAGCAACGCGAGUUUAAAGAGCAGGAGCGUGAAAAACAACGCGAGCUUAAAGAGCAGGAGCGUGAAAGACAACGUCAGCAGGAAAAGGAAAAACGUAGACAGGAAAAGCUGAUAGAAAAACAGCAACAGGAGCUCAGGGACCAAGAAAAGGAAAAGAAAUUUAUGGAAAAUAUAAACAUUAUUUUUCUGGAAAGAGAUAAAGAAGUGGUCCGUAGGAUAAAUCAAGUGUUAGUCGAUCGUGAUAAUGCUAUUACUACCCAUUUUAAGCAGGAGAUAGAUGCAGUAAAAACCACUGUUGAACCGUUAACAAACAUUGCAGUUCAGGUCAAUAGUCUUCAAACUGAAGCAGAUAGACUAGAGAACCAAUUGAAAGCCUAG